AGUCAACCCUUGGAUCGUUUAAGGGUGCACUAGUCCCUCUACAGCGCGCUCAAAAUAUCUAAUAUCUUAAAACUAAUUCUGUUAUAUCUCGAAAUGCGUUAGCAAUAGAAAAAAAAAGAACAGUUGUGAUAUUUGUGGUAAUUAACGAUGACACUUUGUGACUUUCGCUGAGUAUUGUUUUUAAAACUAAGAUGUAUUCGCCCGAUAAGAUGAUGGGCUCGAAAGGUCCUACGGGUCUUCACGGGCCUAUUACUUCUACUGGUGCCUGUUUCGCUGGUAGGUACUCUCCUACCUACAGGAGUCCAGAGCCUAUGAGCAGAAGGUGCAUGCCUAACCCGUCGGGUGAUCUUUUUUCCGGAUUGAACGAUGGACUGAUAAGUAGGGCCGAGGCCCUAGCGGCUGUCGAUAUUAAACACCAGGGAACUGGCGGUCAUGGAGGUCUUCCUCAGCUCAAACAUGAUAUGAUGUACCAUCACAGUAUGGGAGCACCACCACCGGUCAGUAGGCCACACCAUCAGAUGGGUCACAUGGACGGCCUCGAGAUGCUAGAUCCGAUAUCAUCAUCUUCCAUGACGACGUUAACACCAAUGUCGGAAACACCGACGCAUAUGCAUUCCUAUGGAAUGAACCAUGUCAUGAACCAUCAUCAUCAUGGAGGCCCUCUUUCGGGUCACAGUGCCCCAGGACAUCACCCUGGUCAUCAUGGAGGGCAUCCAGGAGCACAUCAUCCUGCCAUGGCUGCCGCUGCCGCAGCAGCUGCAGUUGCCGGCCUGCAUCCAGAUGCCGAUACCGAUCCCCGAGAAUUAGAAGCGUUUGCUGAGAGAUUCAAACAGAGAAGAAUUAAGCUGGGGGUCACGCAGGCCGAUGUAGGCAAAGCAUUAGCAAACUUAAAACUUCCAGGUGUAGGAGCAUUAUCCCAAUCGACUAUAUGCAGAUUUGAGUCUCUUACACUAAGUCACAAUAAUAUGAUAGCUCUCAAACCAAUUCUUCAAGCAUGGUUGGAAGAAGCGGAAGCGCAAGCCAAAAAUAAAAGAAGAGAUCCAGAUGCGCCGAGUGUUCUUCCAGCUGGAGAGAAAAAGAGAAAAAGAACUUCUAUCGCAGCUCCGGAAAAACGUAGUUUAGAAGCUUAUUUCGCCGUACAACCGCGACCGUCCGGAGAAAAAAUCGCAGCUAUUGCUGAGAAAUUGGACUUGAAAAAGAACGUCGUGAGAGUUUGGUUCUGUAAUCAAAGGCAAAAGCAGAAACGUAUGAAGUUUGCGGCACAACACUGACCGGAAGUUAAUUUCGGGUUUCCUGUAAAUUAGUAAAAUAGUGUUAAGUUGAAUUCCGUUGAAAUGAACUGACGAUGUAGAAACUCUCCUAGUCAAGAGAAUACACGUAAAUCUAUAUCGUUAUUGGGUGUGAAAGUAGCCGGAUCGACGUAGUGACAAAAUCAGAUGUUGAUAACUAAUAGUGAAGUGAUUUUCCACAGUUUAGAUCCAUCUCUAAAAAAAGUCGAAUUCUGAUAAACUUUAUUCCUUCAUACUGUUAUAAUGAGACUAUUUUUUUAAAAGUUUCUUAUAUUUUUCAUAUAUUUGUGUAAUAGUUUUUUGGAUGAUGGACCUAGAUACAUGCUUUUUAGCCCAUUUCGCCAAAUUUCAAUAAUGCUCAAAGCACUGUAAAUAAUAGUCAACACAAGUACCUUGAAAAUGGGACUGUUUGGAAACGGUCGCGAAUAUAUUGAGUUAAAUUUUGUUCUCGUCCGCUUUACGCUAUGGGCAUGAAAGAUUCAUUUACAAAACUGUUAUACCUUUGCUAUUAACAAAUCUGGCAGUAAAUGAACUAAUACUCAUAAAAACAAGAACAGUCAAAGCAAAACUACUACCGUAGCUUCCAUAUUAGCCUAUAAAAAACUAAUGACAUAAAAUGAAACAGAAAAAUAGAUAGGGAAAAGAAGGCUAGGUAAGCAUUUCCUUUUCAAUUAGUGAUUCCACAAAAACAAUAAGAAAAUUUACUCCGACUAUAAUUUUAAACAUUUAAAAUAUUUGUGAAUAUUUUACAAUUUCAAACAAUAUAUUCUACUGCGGCUGUUUUUGAACAGAAACAUUCAUUUGUAAAAUAUAUUUAAGAAUAGUACAACCUUUUUAUACAAAUUGGAAAUGAUUGUUUUACGAUGUUUUACAAAUACACUCUGUCAAAAAGGUAACGCAUCACAUAAAAACUUACAGGUAUUUUGGUAUCACUCACUUUUUCCUUUUUUCGUUCAAAAAUAUUAUGUACAGUAAACUUGGGAACAAACUGUGAAUAUAGAAAGAGUCAGAAGUACGUUUCUCGUCUUCAUAACGCAAACUAACAUCCGAUUUUCAACCCUCUCGGCUUUGCGUUAAAAAUAAACGCGUUUCGGUACAUGAGAAAGAAGUUGAAAGAAAUCAUGGAUGACACCACCAUGUGAAGAUUCAAAGAGCUGAGAACCAACCCCAACAUACAGUUGAGGAAAUAAAAAAAUACUAUACCAAUCAUUCAGAGCUGCAUAAUUUUUUAGUAAGAAACGGAGUAGGAACAAAUGGAUCCACUACUAACAAUCGUGUUUAUUAUAAUCUCACACCUUUACUGAUAGGAAGCAAGACGAACGAACAGCGAGCCCCAAAAAAAACCGAAGACACCAUCGGAUGACCCCUAGGAGCACCGUACAGUUAAUUUGAUAAAUACUGAAAUUAGAGAAUGAAGUUUGGAGUAAGGAGUCGAGUAUUGUUUACCUCGUAUACAAAAAUUUUAAAGGAUAUUCAAUUAUGCUUUGUGACAGAAAAUCACUGAAAGAUUAUUAGUACCGAUGAAUAGAGGAUUUUUAGCUUCUGAUGGAUCACGUUCUACGUUCUAUUUGUUGAAGUUGACUUUAUUUCAAUGACGCUCUGGUAUCAUCUUUUGAGAAUCUCCAUGAAUAAUAUAUUCUUAUUUCAAUCUGGCGAGCCUGUAACCCAAAAGCAAACCCCAUGGAUGGUACUAUCUUAAUGGAAUAGUGUAAAUUCAAAAUGUACUACUAACUAAUCAACAGAAUAUUCAGCAUCUAUGCCAUAAUUUGGAUCACUUGAGAACAUUGAUUGAAAUUAUGUCACAACGGUAUUAGGAUGUUAUAAGGGUCAGAUAAAACUACAACUAUCAGUAAUUUACUUAAUAAAGUUAUUAUUUAUUUUUGUAUUGUGUUGUUGGUCAAUAUUUAAUGUACCGUGAAUAAUAUUGACAGCGUAUGAAACUAAAAUUUGAAUAACACGAGACGCGAGGUCUGGCUAUUAAAUAACGAGACUGCGCGACUAGAGAGCGCCCUAACCUGAGGGGGUAAAAUCCGAGUAGUGGGUUGGGUAUCUAGAUAUCUUGUCUAGACACGUCCCAAAAAAACGUUUCUGUCACUAUUAUAGUAUUUGUGCAGUAGCGGUUUGAAACAAACGUGUUUUUUUC